AUGGCUGCCACGCCUCCACUCGUGGCCAGCUCACCGGAGAACAAAUUCACCAAAGAUGAUCUAACUGCGGCCGUCGGUGCUGCCCGUGAACAGUCGUCCUGCUACGACGUUUCGUGUCCGGGAUCCGGCAGUUACGGUACUUGUCCUGCUGCAUCGUCAUCAUCAUCAUCCGCCCUUGCCGCUUCCGCUGGAACAGAAGUAGCAACUACACAGCCCCCGCACCAGCAACAGCCAAGGCCCCUAACGACUGGGCCCCUUGCUGGUUGCCACCACAAUCCGGCAGCCGCUGCACCGCAACACCACCACCCGCAUCAACACCACCACCAUCACCAUCAUCAUCACCAUCACUGUCACCCAUCGGCCGGGGCAGGAGGUUCAGCAUCUUCAUCGACCUCGUCCUGCCCGGAAUGUUGCUCCUCGUCGUCGGCGCGUAAUGGACAAAUUGGAAAACAAGGCAGCCUAACGAUCGUGAGACGUACCAACAGCCGGAAAAACACGCACAUUCUGCAGCAGCAGCAACACUUUCAGCAGCAGCUGGAGCCACUUGACUCUGAAGCGGCCGCCGAAUACCAACAGCAGAACCCCAGCUCAAUCGGGAGCUAG